AUGUCAACUUCACGACUUGCUGCAAUCCAAGUGCCUCCAAAGCCGUGGUUGCGGACAGCGAAUCGGAUAUUAGCUUCCGUCGGGAUAGGUCUUAGCACCGGCCUACUGAUAUUGCGGAUUUAUGUUAAAACCCGGUUGAUGAGAAAGUUCUGGUGGGAUGAUAUACUCCUAAUUCUGGCUUGGGUAUUCGCCUUGGGAACUCAGGCCGUAAUCCUAUGGGGAUAUAUCCAUGCGGGCUUCGGGGUUCAUGUAUCGAACUUGACCUUGCCUGUUAUGAGCAUAUACCAGAAGACAGUAUUGGCCGCAGCGAUUAUCUACGUCCCCGCCCUUGCGCUAGCAAAACUAUCAUUGCUUAUGCUAUACUAUAGGCUAUUGUACACAGUCCGGAUGUGGCAAUAUGUUAUUUUCCUCGUCGCAUUUCUCAUUUCAGGGUACAGCAUUGCUUUGACCCUAGCCCUUAUCUUUGCAUGUCACCCACUUCAAAAGAAUUGGGAUGCGUCGAUUUCAACUGGGUCUUGCAUUAACCGAGAUGGCGUGUAUCUAGCCACGGCUAUCACCAACACUGUUAGUGACGUGGUAUUGAUCCUCAUUCCAAUCAGCGUUGUACGAAAGCUUCGGAUGCCCCUUAUCCAGAAAAUAGGGGUAAUUUGCAUGUUUGGCAUCGGCUGUCUCAACAUCGAGGCUAGCUUCAUUAUCAUAUGUGGCUGUCUCCCAUAUGUACGCCAGUUCCUUCGCCACCAUCCCGUACGCUACCCUGGCAGGCAGUCCCGUAACCGCGAUCUCGAGAGGUCACCUCCUAAGUGCCUUCGGCAAAGGAAGAUGCAGAGGACGGGGCUAAGUGACCACAUUGAGAUGGCUACGGAUGAAGCAAAUGGCAAUGACGAUGAUAAUCCGCCAGAGAAUAGGAACGAAUUCGGCCAAUAA